CCCCUAUUUUCUACUGAAUAUACUCCAUCAGGCUUGCCGCCAAUGUGACAAACUGUCAAUGUUGUUAUGAACAAAUCUUAUUUUCAUACUACAAGUUUGAAACACGGCGUGUUCUCGUUCUCGUCCUACCCGACGACAACGUGGAAAAAAUGACAGGAUCUGUAACCGAACUGAAAAGUGUGGUCUAAAUAUUAAUUGUAAGGUAUACCUUCGAACAAAUCAAUGACAUAAAUGCGCUCGGCUAUCAGCGUUAUCCUGUCGAGUCCGGUACCCGACAACAAGAUGUCCCAUCCCGAUUACGAGCAGACCGCUCACGAUCAUGCCGCUCUGCUGCUGCUGCUGAGGCCAGUCGGCACGCAGAUCAAACCGAAGACGGUCAGUAGGUUAUGUGAGCGGAUCGUCAAGGCUGGCAGCAGGUUUUCCGUAUCUGAUUCCAGCGGCGGCACCCGGGAGAUCCUCGCCCGAUUUGUCAGAGAGCAUCCCGUGGAAAACAAUGACUGGGGAGACUUUCAGACACAUAGGAGACUCCUAGGUUUGAUCACAUUUGGCAAGUAUGACAAUCAGACGGAGCUGAAUGAGCUGUGCAGAUUACACGAGACUCUAAAGGUGAAGUAUAGCAGUACCCUGUAUGAUUCACGAGCCAUCCUCUUUGGUCCCCUUGAAUCAAACGGCCGUCAUGAACCGCCACCAGGCUACACUACGCCCAGCAACUUCAAAACGCGGGCGAUAUUUUAUGCAGAUGAAGCAUGUCCUGAUCUCGAGACACAAACAGCUGAAUAUCUCAAUUUUCUAUUCUGGAUCCUGGAAUCGAAAAGAUUAGAGCGAUCCAGAGAGAAGAUAGAUCGUGUCUCUCUUCUGUUAGCUCCAUUUGAAAAGAAAGAUUUUAUUGGGCUAGACCUCGAAUCCAGAAAUAAUAAAAAAAGAUGUGUGGGCCGUAUGACAAAGCAUUUGGGAGAUCUGUGUCUUCAAGCUGGACUUCCAGCUGAUGCCUUGAAUAAUUAUAAUUCUGCAGCCAACAUUCUGCAGGCUGUCAAUGACUGGCUGUGGCUGGGAGCAGCAUAUGAAGGUCUCUGUGCUGCUUCAGUCUUAGUUCUUUAUCCUAAUAUGUGUCGAAGUCUUCCAUUGCAAAGAAAUUCUUCCUUACAAGAAGGAAGUCCAAGUAAGCAAAGACGAGGAUCACAAGCUCUUACAGUUUUACCAGCUCCACCUAGUAUAGACAUGGUAAAGGCCAGCAUGCCACAUAUUUUAUUACCUGAGGAAAUAUCUAAGAAAUAUCGUGAAGCUAUAGUACAUUAUAGUAAAUACCAAUACGCAGGUAUAAUUGAAACUGAAGCUAGUUUCAAAGCUACAAGAAUCUCAAUAGAACAGAAUUGCACCUUACAAGCUGCAUCAUAUUUAAAUAAUGUUAUAUUGAUUAAUUUGUCUCUCAGCGAACAAGAAAAAAUUGAUCGAUUUACUACAUUAUCAAAUUUAUAUACGAGCUUUGGUUUUGAUAGAAAAGCGUCAUUCUGUUUACGAUUGGCUGCCACUCGUCAUGUAUCCCAAAAUAAUCCUAAUCCGGACUGGCAACAAUGUUACAAUUUGAUGUUGCAAGCUAUAUCUGGAUUUAAAUUAUCUUUAGAUCCUGUUGAUAUGCCACCAGAUGGACAAAGAGGGUGGCCAGCCCUACAGAUCCAAAUAAUAAAUGAACUUGUUGCUGCUGCAAAUCGAAUGGGUAAUCCGGCACUUGCUACAAGGCAUUUAACGUUUUUGCUCCAGACAAUGUACAAUCAUCUAACGCUUACCGAACGAAAAGAUAUAGCACUACAGUUACAAAAUGUAUCUCAACAGUGCGAGGGUGCACCAGUCCCCCUAGUUUUAGAUUCUGGUACGGUCAUACCUCCGGCUAAUUUAUUAAAUAUACCAAAAACAAAAUUGUUUACUCUGAAAAACAUGCAGCCACACUUACAGCCUCAAAAAAUAGAAAGAGUAAAAGAAGAUCAUGGUCCUUUUUUAUUUACGCCAAUUAACUUCGGAUCAUUAGAACGCAAGAAUAUUUCAAAGAGUAAAGUUGAUUAUUUGUGGGUGGAAGGAGAUAUCUGUGAAGUGUCAAUGCAGCUCAUAAAUCCUUUACCAUUUGAAUUACACGUAUCUAACAUGAGACUUUUAACAAAUGGUAUAGUAUUUGAAUCGAUACCAGAGAGUAUUAAUCUGCCUGCUGAAUCUAGUCCGAUUGCGGUUACGUUAGCAGGCAGACCCAAGGAAGUUGGAGAUUUAGAAAUACUCGGAUUUAGCACUCAUACAUUAGGAGUUAAAUCUAACUGUAGAUUGAGAUACAUGGAGAGUAUGUUACAUCCUCAAUAUACCGUCGAAGUCAUUCCAGCCUUACCAAGAAUCGAUGUCGCGACUAGUUUGCCUCAAACUGCCAGUUUCAGUUCCGGUGAUAAUAUAGUUACUAGCGCGAGUAUAUCACUCUAUGGCGGUGAGAGCGCUGAAUGUACUGUGACAAUAACGAAUGCUGGACAAGUUCCUAUUGAAAUGAUUGAGUUAUCAGUACAGUCUGCUUUGGAUACUCUAACUGAAAGUAAAAUUUUUAAGUGGAGUGAUGAGAAUCUGAUGACACAAUUGCCUUUACAACCUGGCAGCAGUGCAAGUCUUACCUUAUAUCUAUACGCAGCAACAGAUUUUGUAGCACCUUCAAUUAGAAAUGAUGUUAUUAGCAGUCCCUGCCUUUACAUGCACAUACAUACAUAUAAUAUAUAUUUUGUCUAUAUUUUCUCUCCAACAAUUUUUAGACCAGUGCAAUUUUAUCUUGUGUUGGACGUGUCAAAUAUGACGAAUCAUGAAAUGGAAUUACACUAUACGCAAAAUAAAUGUAUAUAUAUGGAAGGUAAAGAACCAUGCAGAAUUCCUGUUCCAGUUGACCGAUGUCCACUUAAUAAAUUAUCUAUGUUAAAUGGUGCUGGUGAUACAAGUGAACUCCAAAAAAUAUGUGCCGAACAUAUAGCUUCAUUGGUUGAUCUGCGCUGGCAAUUAUUAGGUACCGAAUCGACAGGGAAAGCAACUCUCUCUGGUAUUACUCUAACUCAAGAUAUGUUGGAUCUAGUGAGAAUGAGUCCUCUACAAUGGGAAAUAACUAUCAAUGAUAUUAUUGUAAAAGCACAAGAAGAACUGUCAUGUGCUUUAGGUGAAUGCAUCAGCGUUGGUGUGGGAGUGUGCAAUGCUCUGGAACAUCCUCUGAGUGAUCUUACAUUGUCCAUUAAUUUCUAUCAGGACCAUCAUAACGGCGUUAACAAUUAUCAAUUAGAAACAAGGUUAUCCAUAGCUGGAGCAAAUAAAGUUAUGCUGCCUACUUUACAGGAAUAUGGCAGAGCUUAUCAUGAAUGUCGUGUAGUAUUUUUCACUUCUGGUCAGUACAAAAUAGAUAUUCAAUGCAGUAGUAAAGAAUCCGCUCCAAACUCUCCAAUACUUUAUUCGGAGCUUAUAAAUGCAGGACAUACGUGGCGUUAUAUACCGCCCAUUGAAAUAACUGUCGACGAUUAUUAAUACUGAUAUAAAUAUAAAUCACUGUCAUCAGUAAAUUGUAAUAUUUGUAAAAAAAACCGU